UAAUUUAUAAAAAGAAGAAUUUGAAGUAAAAAAAAUAAAUUUAUUUUGUGAGUGAAAAUUUUGGUAGAUCUAUCGCGUAAAAAUGUUUACAAUUAUUAGUGUUAUCUAUGUGGUAGAAUUCAUAUAAAAAUAGCCUUAUCAAUAGUGUCACCUUUAUUUGUGAAAGAUAACCUGGAGUACCUGGCUCGUCUAAUAAACUGUACAAUAGAUAAGUAAUUAAUAUGUGUAGUGCUGCCAUGAGUUGUGCAGAGGGGAUUGUGAAGUUUUUAGUUGCCGGAGCAAAUCUAAUUUUUGCUCUUGGAGGACUCGCUCUUCUGAUCGUAGGCAUCUUAUAUAAGGUGAAUUUCAGUCACUACACAGAUGCAAUUCCAGACGAUUAUCAAUCAAUAGGUCUAGCGCCUGUUUUGACCAUCAUAGUAGGAUCUAUUAUAUUUGUCAUAGCUUUUUUUGGAUGCUGCGGAGCCUUCAGAGAGAGCUCAUGUAUGCUAACCACAUACGCUGUUAUUUUACUUAUCAUAUUCUUCAUGCAAAUUGCUAUAGGAAUAUUUGUUAUGGUGGAAGUGAAUAACGAGGAUACUUUCAAAACUAAAGUAGAAUCAGCUAUAACAAAGGUAUUUACUCCGGUCAUACAAAAUACAGAUAACACCACCAAAGAGCUGGUAGACCUCAUCCAAAAAGAGUUUAAGUGUUGUGGUAUAAAAUCUUCGAGUGAUUGGACUACCCCACCGGAUACUUGCUAUUCAAAUCAGAAUUCUACAGGAACUUUAUAUACUCAGGGCUGUGCGGAAGCUUUUUACGAGUUUUUGGAGAACUCCUUGAAAAUUAUCGGAAUUGUUAUUUUGACCCUUUCAUCUUUAGAGAUAAUUGGCUCUAUAUUUUCACUUUGCUUAUCAAGCAGCAUCAAAAAUAGGGAAAGAAGAUUUAGGUAUUAAAUUUAUCUGUUAUCAUGGUUAGAUAACGACAACAUAUUAGCAAAUAUUCGAACAAAUCCAAAAAUACACGAAACUUGUGAACGUAGAAUAUUUUAUUGAACUAUCAGUAUUUGUAGACAAAUAAAUUUUGUUAUAACA